AUGGAGUCUCCCGCGUCUAUCGCCGAGCAGCUGCAAGAGCUGGAAGCCUUCUACAAUGCGGCUUAUCUCGCUCGGCUCAAUACGUACUCACAGACGGCGGCCAUCGCGCUGCUCGGAUACGACGUCUUCAUCAACAUUGGAAACGAGGUGAACCACGUUUGGGCCGCGUGGGCGUGGCUUGAUAAUAUCGGGAACUAUGUGAUCUUCACUACUAUAUGCAACAUCAUCCUCGUCCUCCGUAUACAUGCAAUAUAUGACCAGAGCAAGAAAGUGCUCGUUUUUAUGACGGCAAUGAUGAUCUGCCAGUUCAUCCUCGAGUUUUCCACGACUAUUUGGAAUGCGACUGAGCUGAAGGCCAGACCGGCUCCGCCGCUUUACCCUGGUUGCUUGGCAAACUCUCCCCUCCGUGCGGCAACGCUCUUGUCUUGGAUUCCGAACAUCGUAGUGGCGGGUGUCUGCGUCGGCCUCUCACUCUAUCGAGUUUUUACAGGCCCCGAUGGGGAGUGGCGCCGACACCGAACCCUUUCGCCUCUGCUGAAAACGUUUAUGCGAGAUGGGACGCUCUUCUUCGCUACCGUACUAGAUUAUAUCCGCCGCUACGACUACCGGAACCUCAACAGCCCGUUGGCACCGUUUGCGCUCCCAUGGGUGACAGUCGUCUAUUCCAUCGGAUCCACGCGCAUGAUUCUCAACCUAAGGAUGACGGCCAAGUCGAGCACCUCUCAGGAGACCGCAACCCUUGGUCGGAUCACCGAUCUCACAAGCAAUGCGUCCAGCCUUGCGACGGCCGUCUUCCGGACCAACCCUCGCGCCGGCUUUUCCGAAGAUGUCGAGAUGGACUCUGUGAAGCCUGGCAGGUGGCGCGAGUGGGACGCCACUCAGAACGACGCGUAG